CUGAAAAAGUUGACACAUGUCGAUCGGUUUGUUUAGUGUCAACAAACUAAUCCAAAAUGUGUAAAACUCGAGCUGUGUUUACUGAAGACAGCCUAUUUAUUGCUUUUUAAUUAAUAGGUUUUAAUUUAUUGUUCUUCUGAAUAAGUGAGAGUAAGAGGUUAUGUCAAAAAUGGCCCAACUCGAGAUCAAGAAAAUGAAACAAGGAAUGUCUUAUUCCUGCAAAGAAAAAACAAUCAUUUUAAACGUGUUCAAAUAUUUCCGAAUUCAAUUCCCCGAUAAGUGUGUAACUGAGAUCGUCCGACGGACUUCAAAAGCCACAGGGUGUAGUGAAAAAAGCAUUUUUCAAUUUCGCAAAGAAGAGGCAAGUGCUGAAGGUUUCAAAGUGCCAUCAACUACGAAAAUUAGGAGAAACAUCAAUAUAAAUAGUAGAGACAUUAAAUACGACAGUACUGUACGACAAGCCAUAAGAAAUAUAGUUUACGAACUUAAAUACAAAAAUAUCGUGCCAUCGUUAAACACGAUUUUGAAACAAGUAAACGGUGACCCCCAAUUACCAAACUUUUCGUUGAUGACACUACGAAGACUACUGUUUGAUAUGGGUUUCUGUUAUGAGAAAAACGGGAACAAGUCUGUCCUAGUUGAAAAAACACCACCUGUUAAGAGAGACCCAAAGAAGGAAAAUUUAGGUAGUAACAAGGCCAAAAAAGUUGUCAAGCCACCUCAACAGUACUGCCAACCAAGUGAACCAAUUAAUCCAGUUUCUCACAAUAACCUACCUCCACAACAGCCCCCAAUAAACAACCAUAUAGUGAUUCAGAUGCCUCAACAUGAUAAUCACAUGAUGCCAAGCAUGCACAUAUCACACCACAACAUGCCAAUGAUGCUCAACCACAGAAUGCCACCCCCACAUACAAUGCCACCCCCGAAUGUCAAUAUGACACCCUGGAUGCAUCCAACACACCAUGCCAUGAUGAAACAGGAGUGAGGAAAAAUCAGGUCAAGAACAGUCUUAUAGAUAUUAAUGUCUCUGUGAUCAUCAAUGGUCUGAAGAAGUAUGUCUAAAGCUAUCAACGUCCCUGUCCUACCAACGCCAGCGCUGUGAACAUAUAGUAUUAUUUUUAAUUUGUUUUACUUAAGUUAGAAUUAAUUCCCGCCGAUAACUUAUUGCCAAAACUUAUUUUAAUCAGAGAGUUCCUCUAGUAUUUUUAUACAAUUUUUUACAAAAUAAAACUUUCAUAAUUA